AUGAGCCAUCUUGACCUCUCCUCCGUCACAUCUCCAUUCCGCUCAAUCAUUCAUGCCACGCUGAACGCACACAUGCAUAACGAUGAGCAGCUUGGCCCGUCCGCGGAGGUACCUUCCCCGGACCCACAACCGCGCGGCACGCUUGCCGCGCUCUGGGGACAACCUGGCCAGCUGCAAUUCAGUAAAGAGAAAGAGAAGGCGCCGCAGCGCAAGCGGCGAAAGAAGGACGAUGUGCCACAGGGCCUCCUGGUCUUUGGCGCUGAUGGGAUGAGCGUCGCCACCCCACCACCCCCACCACCACCACCACCGGAGAACGGAGAGGAGAAGAAGGGCCGGAAGCGCAAGACGAAUGUGCCUGGAGAAGUGACUGCAGCCAAGCCCGGACGAAAGCGCGGACGACCUCCCAAGAACGUGCCGCUCGUUACCAGCGCACCUAGCCCCUCGCACACGCGCAUCGAGCUCUCCCCCGACUCUGUUCACGCCACCUCUGACUCCGACCCCGACCCAGACGUCAUCUUCACUGGCGGGACGCCUUCCGCAUCGCGGGUGCGCCAGCACAGGGGGACGGGGGAGGCUCACGACCCAGUCGAGGUGGACGACAUACCGCGCGCCGUGCCGCGCAGGAAGAACAUCGUGUUCUCUAGCGAUAAUAACCAGACACACGCGUUCUUUGGCCGACGUCCGCGCGACCUGUUGAUGACGUUCGAGGUGUCAGAGGUGGGAGGUGGGGCAGUGACACCUGCUACCGGGGCUGCCACCGCGCCUCCCAGCGGGAGUGCCACACCAAAAGCGACGAACGGUGCCUUGAAGAAGGCUCAGGUCCACGCCUUCUUCAGCAACGGAGGAAAGCCGACGCUGGGUACCCUCAAGGACGGUUGGGGCAACUGCCGUGAAGGUGACGAACCAGCCGCCCCGUUGCCUGGCGGCGAGUGGCCUAAUCACCUGGGUAUGGCUGAGGCUGGGCCAUCCGCGUUCACGACGGUCAGCCGACGAGAGCGCCCAACAGUUGUCGAAGAAGACACGUACGGCACAUUCUGGCAGGACGUCCUCACGAGAGCCCGAUCGCCUCGCACACCUUCCCCGACACCGUCUCCUAUGCCCAUAUCCGCACCACCCUUCAUCCUCGAGCACCCGGCGAUCGCGGCCGUCUUGUCCGACAACAGACCGGACGACGGACGAGAAACCUGGUGUGAGCGCACUCGGCCUCGCGAGGCUGGGGCCGUUCUCGGCAACGAGCUUGAGGCAGUGUACCUUCGUGACUGGCUCCAGGCGCUCUCGAUUGGCCAAGCUGAGUCGCGUAAGGUCAUACGCAGAGUGCCACGGCAGAAGAUCGUCAACCCCGACCUUUGCUGGAUCGUUGACGACAUCGGCCUCUUCGGUGAGCCUGCAGCCGAGGUUGCGGACGAGGAGCCUCCAGAACCAUAUGAGGAGCCGUUCCUUGGGCCAGGCCAGCGACCUAACUCGUACCCUCCCCUCGGUGCGUUCGUGGGCAACACCAUCGUCCUCACGGGACCGAGCGGUACCGGGAAGAGUGCCGCUGUCCAUGCUGUCGCAACUGAGCUCGGAUGGGAGGUGUUCGAGGUGUACCCUGGCAUUGGCAAGCGGACUGGCCCGCAAAUGGUGAACCUCGUCGGCGACGUAAGCAAAAACCACACCGUGGGAUCGCGUGACAAGAAGAAGUCUGUGGCCGCGGCCGCGAUGGCCAUGUUCUCCAAUGCCGCAGCAAAGCCGAAAAUCAACCAGCCGGCGCUGGGUAGCCAAGGGUCGGCGCACGACCCGAUCGAGCUCGAGGAGGACACGCCCUCGGCGUCAGAAUCAUCAGCCGAGACCUCUACUGUCAAAGCCAAGCAGUCGCUGAUCCUCAUCGACGAGGCCGAUAUCCUCUUCGACGAGGCGAGCACUUUCUGGCCCGCCGUCGUGUCUAUCAUCGCUGAGUCGCGCCGCCCUGUGGUCAUCACUUGUAAUGAUCUUGCCUCAGUGCCCACCGACAUCCUGCCCCUCCAGGCCAUCCUGCACUUCCGCGCCGCCCCUUCCUGCCUUGCCCAGCCGUAUCUCGCGAGUAUCGCGCAGAAGCAUGGUUUUUCCUGCGACGUUGCGCGCCUCUUCAAAGAUUGUUCACGGCCUUGUCUGCCUGACCUUGUUCAGCAACCACUUCCACCAAAUGGAAACGAACCAGAGGCGAGGUUCGAUCUUCGUGCCGCUCUGAUGCAGAUGCAACUUGAUCGGCAAUCUGCCUGUGAGCGGCGCCGCCACUGUGGCGUCCGCAACCACAGCCUCGGAGAUAUCGGGAGAUUGACUCGUCAGCUGGACGCCGAGUCGUACGCGGACGCCUUUGUGGCGCCACGACCCUGGGCUCUUCAGGAGAUCUCCGAGUGUGAUCGAUUUGUUCCCACAGCAGAUGAUCAGGACGGCGUUCGGCUUAUUUACAAGCCGGAUGUGCAGGACCUGCAUCCUGCGCUUGCGAUGUAUGACGCCGCGGCUGACGUGGCUGCGGCGCUCGUGGAGAGCGCUGGUGGCGGCCUGCACCGGAAUCUCCGUCAGCUGCACUACGACCAGACAUCGUACAUUCGUGGCCUGCUGCCUUUCCUCGAUCCCCUCAUUCCCCUGACUGCCCACCUCCUCCCCCACCCCUCGCUCUUCCUUGACGUCGUUCCCAUUGUGCGCUCGAUUGUCAUCGCUGACGACGCGUUUGAGAUGGCGGACCGCGCGGCCGUGGUGAACGGGGAGGCGCGUAUCAACCAGCGUACCGGGCGCGCCAUGCGCACUACCGUGUACGAGCGGUGGUUCAACCUGGGUCUUGAAGGUCGGACGGCGGCGGUGGAGUCCGGCCUGGUGUUGGCAGAUGGCUAG